AGGGAUGAAGGAGGCUGCCCGUUCUGCAAGCAAAGGCGAAAAACACGAUUAGAUUUUCGGAACGGUCCUUGAUUCGAAAAAAAAAUUCUCGCCCGGGCGCCGACGCGGCGAGGAAGAAAUCGACACGAGGUGGCGACCGAGCGUUGAACGCCUCCUCUCCUCUUCGUCGUCGAGAUUGUUCGUUGGCCAUUUGGUGGUGUUUCUGCAGUGUGCCGAUCAUGCCGGUCGUCUCGACAGAAGGGGGUCUCGGAUUCACGGGAUUUCUGUCUCAAUUGGUAUUCAGUGUUUCUUGAUGAAUUUCUAGGCCUAGAAGAUGGACGAGAAAGGACAAAAAACACAAAUUGUUGUGAGACAUUGAUUGGUUGGUGGAAGUAUGUCGACUAUUGCGCCAUUCAUUGAAAGGGCAACAAGUGACAUGCUGAUUGGUCCUGACUGGGCAAUAAACAUUGAGAUAUGUGAUAUAAUCAAUGCAGAUCAAGGGCAGGCCAAAGAAGCCAUAAAAGCAAUCAAGAAGCGUCUUGGAAAUAAAAAUUCUAAAAUACAAAUUCUUGCUCUUACUUUAUUGGAAACAAUUAGCAAGAACUGUGGAGACUAUGCUCAUUCUCAAAUUGUUGAGCGCGAUAUUUUGCCUGAAAUGGUGAAAAUAGUUAAGAAGAAGCCAGAUUUGCAUGUAAAGGAACAGAUAUUAUCUCUUCUGGACACAUGGCAGGAAGCUUUUGGAGGUCAUGGUGGAAAGUAUCCACAAUUCUAUGCUGCUUAUAUGGAACUCAAAAAUGCUGGGAUAGAUUUUCCUCCACGAGUAGAAAAUGCAGUGCCUCUAUUUACACCUCCACAAUCCCAGCCUGUAGUACCAACCUCAUCUCAUGUAUCAAGAUACGAAGAGUCAACUGUCAUGACAUCCAUGCCAUCUGAUGCGUCUGAUCUCAGUUUGGCAGAAAUUCAAAAUGCUAAAGGAAUAGCUGAUGUACUAAUGGAGAUGCUUACUGCAUUGGAUCCUCGUAAUCCUGAGGGAGUGAAGCAAGAAGUGAUUGUUGAUCUUGUUGAACAGUGUCGCAAUUAUCAGAAGCGUGUUAUGGUUCUUGUAAAUAGCACAACGGAUGAGGGGCUGCUUGGCCAUGGCUUAAUGUUGAAUGAUGAGUUGCAGCGGGUAUUAGCCAAGCAUGAUGAGAUUGCAAAGGGAAUUCCUAGUGGACCAAAAGCACCAAAGACAUCUGUCUCUCCUGUUAAUGUUAUCCAUGAGGAAGAUGAAUCUGAGGAUGAUUUUUCCCAACUCGCUCAUAGGUCUUCAAGAGAUGGUACACUAGGACAGAAUAGGUCUUCCACUGCAGUGAACGAGCACACAAGGAUCAGCCCGCUACUGCCUCCACCUCCAUCUCAGAAGGUGAAUAAACCUGGUGCUAGUUCUGUCGAUUAUCUCAGUGGUGAUACAUACAAAUAUGAAAUGCCUGAAGCGCCCAAACCCGAGCAACCUGUGUUGCCUCAGUCUUUGCCGAGCACCAAUUCCAAUUCUGGCUCGCAAUCUCCACCUGCACCUUUUGUGUCUUCUCCUCCACCUCGCAGCACUGAACCAAGCACCACAUCUUCAUUUGAAAACCCAUGGGGUAGUGAUGGACCUUCAGUAAACUCGAAGGACGAUGAGAAGCUUCCAGCUGUUUCAAAGGAGUCAUCAUCAACCUGCCUACCGCCACCCCCUGCCAGGUAUAGUCAGAGGCAGCAGUUCUUUGAACAACAGCAGCAACAAAAGCAGUAUGGUUCAGAAUUUCCUAGUACGGGAUUAAUAAGCAAGACACAGAAUCUGUCGAUAAAUCCAUCAGGCACACAAGAGUCAUCAACACCAUCUAAGCAAGCUAAGCCUGAAGACAAUCUAUUCAAGGAUCUGGUUGACUUUGCCAAGGCCAAAUCUUCAAAACCUAGGAGUCCUAGAUCCUCUUGAUAUGAGUCCAGAAUUUCAGCUAGUACAGUUAUUGUUUCUUGAGUUGAGGUGGGCAUUAUAAACAUGUUUCUGGCUGUUCUUUUAUAUGUGACAAAGAAAAGAGAACCUCUGCUUUGUGGUGUAUGGUUAUUAUGUGGAUGCGUUCAUCACUUGAAUCUACUAGUGUUCUUUGCUUGUAUAUUUGUGAAUUAUGACAUUGUUGUUAAGAUUUAUAGAUUUUCUAAUGAAAUCUUGUCCAGUAGUUGCAGGCUAAA